CCCUUUACGCUCGCACAGGCUAGCCUGCCAGGGGCAGGGAGCACGCGCAGGAGGGGGCGGAACCAGACAGUUGCGUGCACAGACGGCUGGCGUACGAGGUCAAGAUGGCCGUUACCAUGUUCCGGGCUGCGCUUCGGGGAUGGAGAACCGGUGUCCAGCGGGGCUGCGGGCUACGGCUGUUGAGCCAGACCCAGGGCCCUCCAGAUUACCCCAGCUUUGUGGAGUCUGUGGAUGAAUAUCAGUUUGUGGAGCGCCUGUUACCAGCUACGAGGAUCCCAGAUCCCCCAAAACAUGAACAUUAUCCUACCCCUAGUGGCUGGCAGCCUCCCAGAGACCCCCCACCCAACCUGCCCUACUUUGUACGACGCUCUCGGAUGCACAGUGUCCCUGUCUACAAGGACAUCACGCAUGGCAACCGGCAGAUGACUGUGAUCCGGAAAGUAGAAGGGGACAUCUGGGCCCUGCAGAAAGAUGUGGAAGAUUUUCUGAGCCCGCUGCUGGGGAAGACACCCGUCACCCAGGUCAAUGAGGUGACAGGUACCCUGCGAAUCAAGGGCUACUUUGACCAGGAGCUUAAAGCCUGGCUCUUGGAGAAAGGCUUCUGAGGCCUAGCUGAGGCCUGCAUGUCACCCUUCCCUGCGGAUCAAGUCUAGGGGGCCUCAGGAGGAGGGAGGUGGGUGUUGGAGCCCCUGAGACAGGGGAUACAGAAACUAAGGCUAAAGGACUUUGGGGUCAGGCCUUGCUUGCAUAAAGGAGAAAACUGGACCCUAUGUACAUGCUGGGGGAGAGUGCCUAAUGUGGGAGACCAAAUAGGAAUAACCAGGCUAAUGGGGGGUGUCAGCAGCUUUCUCUCCCUCCUAUCUUGGCCUGUUGUUUUUUGUUUUUUGAGAUGGAGUCUCACUCUGUUGCCCAGGAUGGAGUGCAGUGGCAUGAUCUUGGUUCACUGCAACUUCCACCUCUGGGUUCAAGCAGUUCUCCUGCCUCAGCCUCCUGAGUAGCUGGGAUUACAGGCAUCCGCCACCAUAACCUGCUAAUUUUUGUAUUUUUAGUAAAGAUGAGGUUUCACCAUGUUGGCCAGGCUGCUCUCAAAUUCCUGACUCCAAGUGAUCCGCCCACCUCGGCCUCCCAAAGUGCUGGGAUUAUAGGCGUGAGCCAUGUGCCCUGCCCACUUUGGCCUGUUUUGUUUUCCUUUCCUUGGGCUCAGCAAUUCAAAUUCUAGUUGUUAUUUGGUGGAAGCAGUAGCCCAACCUAGUCUAGGGGAAGGUAGCACAGGGCAGAGCCACUGGGCACUUUGUUCCCUUGGCCCUCCAAAGCUCAUUGUUGCAAACGUCCCCAAGCCCUUGCUCUAGGCCAGAUCUUGUUUGGUACAGGCUAUGAACACAGAUGACUCGGGCAUGGGGCUUGGAGAUCUUCUGUUCGAAGUCAGGCCCAUUCUUGGUCACUGUUCCAUUGCAGACCAGACUUGCUGGCCUGACCACAAGGGAGUGGCUGGGAACUCCUCACAGCCAGCAUAGGGCCAUCCUCCCCAGCCUGCUGACCUGGAAUCAAGGCUGGGGAGGGGUUUGCAGGCAGGAAUAUGCUGACCUUUCACCCUGCCAUCUCAUCCCAACCUCAGCUCACUAGCCUUCAUUGGAGUCACGGGGCCAAAGGCCUGAGACCCCACCCUACCCCCAAACUGGCUAAGACAGCUCCCAGUUCCUGGCUCCCCAACUUGGUCUCUGCCCUGAGGCAGGGCACUGAACUCUGGGCUGCUUUUCCAUGUGUAAAAUGGGCACUUCUUCCUAAUCUGUUAAUGGUCAAUGGUGUCCCCAAGGAUAGUGCUGGCUUCCAUGGAAACCCUAACUCCUGGAGAUUCCAUUCCAUUCUCAAGUGUACAGCCACAGCAAGGAGCCCGACACUGAUUUUAUUGAUUCCAUGAGACAAACCCCACUAACUGUUAAUGCAAGUUUUUAUUUGGUUGUAUAUACAAUUUAAGCUAUUAAAAUUUGUACAAUAUUUACAAAUUAAAUAAUCAUCUGAAA